AUGCAGAUGUGCUUGAGCCAUCCCACUCACGGCUACUACGCCAAUCCGUACAAUCCCAUAUUUGGCGCUCGGGGUGACUUUAUCACGAGUCCUGAAAUCAGUCAAGUAUUUGGAGAGCUUGUAGGUGUAUGGCUACUCUCGCAGUGGAUGCAGGUGGGGCAGGCCAGGAAGCUGCGAUUGAUUGAGCUAGGGCCUGGCAGGGGAACCUUGGUGGAUGAUAUACUGCGGACGCUAUCUAGAUUUCCUGCGUGUGCCAAAGCCAUCCAGGACGUGCAUCUCGUAGAGACGAGCGAGGCACUACGUUCUGUGCAAGAGGCCAAGCUGCGUCCAAUUUUGAGCCGGUUGGACGUGGCCGCCCAUUGGCAUGAUGGUCUGGAUAGAAUAGAUGUCUCCGCGCAGAAUGAGGUAUACUCCAUGGUGGUCGCACAUGAAUUCUUUGACGCUUUGCCAUUCCACCUCUUACAGCAUACCAGUGAUGGGUGGAAAGAGAUCCUGAUAGCUUCCGCGGACAACACAAAUAACCAGGCACAGAGCACAGACAAUCCGGCAGAAUCGACCGCACAAGACUCGGCCGGGAAGCAAACGCGUUUCCAGACUGUCUUGGCGGCUACGCCUCUCUCUAAAGUGCUCGCGGCGUCUUCACCGCGGUUUGACAAGUUGCCUGUCGGUGCUACGUUGGAGGUCAGCCCAGUGGCCUGGAGCAUUGCACGACAGAUUGCACAGCUAGUGGGUGGUAAGAACGCCGGAUGCGCCCUGAUCAUUGACUACGGAGCCGAGCAUCUCUUCGGAAAUUCCUUCAGAGCAUUCAAAAACCAUCGACACGUUGAUCCGUUCUCUAUUCCGGGAGAAUGCGACUUGACAGUCAACGUAGAUUUCGCCUAUCUCAAAGAGGCGGCCAGUGAUGCCGCCCAGGCACUAGGACCUAUCCCGCAGGCCGAUUUCUUGACGGGUAUGGGUUUAGAGCAGCGCGUGGAGGUGUUGGCUCGGGCUGCGCAGAGCGAAGAGAGGGCGGACAGCAUUCGUCAAGCAGCUCGGCGUCUUGUGGACAGGAGCAGUAUGGGUGAACAGUACAAAAUGCUUGGGCUUGUCGGAAAGGAUAGAGAGAUCAGGACGGAUACUGUGUGGCCAUUCGCAACAUCAUGA